AUGCGUAAUUUAAUUACACUAAAUAGGGGUGUGUUUAAGCCUUUGCCCUCAGAAAAUGAAGAUAAUCAAGCAUUAAGUUAUACUCUGUUAGAUACUGUAUUUGAUACAGUAACCGAUAGCAUUACCUGCGUAUUGGGUGCAUUGGAUGUUGGUUUGAUUGAAGUCCAACAAUACAUGAAAAAUGGUUCCAAAAAUAUACUAGCACUCUUCAAUAUUGAAACAUUUGAUGAUAAGUUAUUAUCAUUCAUGCAUUUUGCCGACACUAACCAACUAAUAUUCAUUUUCAAACAGGGUGAUAUCAUCUGUGCUACUUAUGACGCUGUUUCAUUUGACCCUCAACAGACUUUUGUGGAAAUUGUCGGUUCAAUUGAUAAUGGGAUCGAAGCAGCUGAAUGGUCGUACGAUGAAGAAACCCUAACUCUGGUUACAACAGAUCGUAACGUUGUCCUACUAAGUAAAUCAUUUGAACCUAUCGCGGAAUAUCAUUUGGAAACUGACGAUUUGAAAAUUUCUAAGCAUGUUACUGUCGGAUGGGGUAAGAAGGAAACCCAAUUUAGAGGAAAAGGUACAAGAGCAAUGGAAAGAGAGGCAUUGACUAGUUUAAAGGCCUCUGGGUUGGUAGGAAAUGAAUUAAGGGACCCUACAAUGCCAUACAUGGUCGACAGUGGUGAAGUUACACACAUGGAUAAUUAUGAGGUUAGUAUCUCUUGGAGAGGCGAUUGUGAAUACUUUGCCAUUUCUACUCUCGAGACAGUGGAAGAUCCAGAUGAUGAGGACAAAACUAUAAGUAGAAGAGCAUUUAGGGUAUUCACACGUGAUGGUAAAUUAGAUAGUGCCUCUGAACCAGUAAAUGGGAUGGAACAUAACCUGUCAUGGAAACCUCAAGGUUCUCAAAUUGCUUCGAUUCAGAGAAAAACAAAUAUGGGUGAAGAAAAUUCUUUGGAUCUCAUCUUCUUCGAAAGAAACGGGUUGAGACAUGGUGAAUUUGAUACCCGUUUACCUCUGGAUGAAAAAGUGAAUUACUUAUGCUGGAAUAGUAAUUCUGAGAUAUUGACACUUGUAUUACCUGAUCGGAUUCAAUUAUGGGUUUCCAAAAAUUACCAUUGGUUCUUGAAACAAGAAAUUUACUCCCAUAAUAUCCAAUUUGCUAAAUGGCAUCCAGAAAAGGAAUUCACAUUACUUUACGGAAACGACAAUAGAGUCAAUGUGGUAGAUUUUGCAUACAAGAUGACUCAAGGUCCAACUCUAGAACCUUUUGAUAAUGGUACUUCUUUGGUUAUCGAUGGAAAUAUCGUAAACAUCACACCUUUAGCUGUAGCUAACGUACCUCCACCAAUUUACUUUAGAGAUUUCCAAGUUUCAGAUAAUGUUACUGAUGUUGCGUGUAGUUUGUCUAAUGAGUUAUACGCUGCCAUUACCAAAGAUCACCUGGUUAUAGCAUCGGUCUCCAGUUUUACUGAUAUGAAGAAAGGUCAACAUCCUGUUGUUGUUUGUGAAUUCCCACAAUCAGAAUUUGCCAGUGAACUGGACUCACUAAGACAAGUAGCUUUCAUUAACGAUUCUGUUGUUGGAAUUUUAUUAGAUACUGAAACACUUUCGAGAAUUGCGUUAAUAGACGUACAAGAUCCAGCUCAACCACACGUCCUGAAUAUUGUUGAAACAUAUGAUAAAAUUGUCCUUCUUAAAACUUCUUUGGAUUAUAACCAUCUGGUAUAUGAAACCCGUGAUGGCACUGUUGUUGAAUUAGAUACUGACGGUCAGCUGAACCAAAUUACAAAAUUUCCAGAACUUGUGCGUGACUUCAGAGUGAAAAGAGUUCAUAAUACUGCACAUGGUGAUUCAAAUCAAUGGGGCUCUGAGAGUUCUGAAUUGGUCGCGUUUGGUAUAACAGCAAAUGGUAAGCUUUUUGCUAAUGCAACACAGUUGACAUCAGCGGUCACUUCCCUUGAAAUAACAGAUAGCCUGUUGUUAUUUACAACUGCUCAGCAUUAUCUUCAGUUCGUUCAUUUGAAUUCUACCGAAUUCAAGCCAUUACCUGCAGUUGAAGCAAAUGUUGAGGACGAAAGAGUUCGUGCUAUUGAAAGAGGUUCUAUAUUAGUUUCCACUAUGCCAUCUAAGGCUGCGGUUACUCUACAAGCCCCACGUGGUAAUUUAGAAACCAUUUAUCCAAGAAUUAUGGUGCUAUCUGAGGUUCGUAAAAAUAUUUUGUCUAAGAAGUACAAGGAAGCUUUUAUUAUCUGCCGUACCCAUAGAAUUCAUCUAGACAUUUUAUAUGACUACGCGCCUGACCUAUUUUUAGAAAAUUUGAACGUAUUCAUUGAGCAGAUUGAUAGAGUUGACUAUCUAAACUUGUUCAUUUCCUGCCUGGUGGAAGAUGAUGUCACAGAGACAAAAUACAAGGAGACAUUGAAUAGCGGAAUUACAGAAUCUUUUGAUUAUUCGCCUGCUCCAUUGACAGAAAUGCAAGAAUAUAUUAAAAAGAAGUUUUUUGAUGCUAGCAAGUCUAAGGUAAACAAGGUUUGUAAUGCAGUUUUAGAAGUGUUACUAAGUAAUGACGAGUACAAGAAGAAAUAUAUGCAAUCAAUCAUUACAGCUUAUGCAACUCAAAAUCCACAAAAUUUGGAAGAUGCCUUAUUGCUGAUUAGUUCACAAGAAGACAAGGAAGAAAAGGAUGCUAGUGUCACUUAUUUAUGUUUCCUGCAGGACGUUAACAUAAUAUACAAAGUUGCCUUAUCUUUAUAUGAUGUGAAGCUCGCCCUAUUAGUCGCUCAAAAAUCUCAAAUGGACCCAAGAGAAUACUUACCAUUUUUACAAACUUUGCAUGACUGUAAACCAUUACGCAGGAAAUUCAUGAUCGACGAUUAUUUGAAGAACUAUGAACGUGCUUUGGGUCACUUAGUUGAGUUAGAUGGAGACGAGGAGGAUGCAUCUGAUGAGUUGCUCGAUUAUGUGCAAACACAUGAACUUUACAGACCAGCCUUGGCAAUCUUUCGGUAUGAACAGGGCAAGCAAAAUGUCAUCUAUGAAAUUUUUGCAAAACAUUUAUUGUCAAAACAAGGAUAUGCUGAAGCUGGUGUUAUAUACGAAAUGUUGAAAAACUACAAAGCUGCAAUGGAUGCUUAUGUUUUAGGCAAAAAAUGGCGUGAAGCUAUGACCAUCGCUGUUGAAAGGUAUUCAGAAGACGUUUCUACUAUAGCAGAUGAUCUAGUUUCGUCACUCUCUUUCGAACAUAGAUACGUUGAUGCAGCAGAUCUCCAAUUACAAUAUUUAAAAGAUAUUGAAGCUGCCAUGGAACUCUACUGCAAAGCGUAUCAAUAUGAUACUGCUAUUCUUGUGGCUAUAACACACAAGAAACCUGGACUGAUUGAAACUAUCGUUGAUGCAGGUUUAGGCGAAGGUUUUGGUACAAUAGCUGAAUUGCUUGCGGACUGUAAAGGUCAAGUGAACUCCCAGCUAAGGAGACUGAGAGAACUGCGUACCAAGAAGGAGGAAGAUCCUUAUGCCUUUUAUGGGCAGGAAGCUGAACAGGCUGAUGAUGUUUCGAUUGCACCAUCGGAAACUUCCACAAGAGACUCAUUUUUCACAAGAUAUACAGGUAAGACAAGCGGUACCGCUAAAACAGGUGCCUCGAGAAGGACUGCUAAGAAUAAGCGUCGCGAGGAGCGUAAACGUGCCAGAGGUAAAAAAGGUACUAUCUAUGAGGAAGAAUAUUUAGUUCAAUCUGUCGGUAGAUUAAUAGAUAGAUUACAUCAAACACAACCAGAUGCCACAAGAUUGAUCGAAGGAUUAUGCAGAAGGAAUAUGCGUGAGCAAUCCUACCAAAUACAGAAAAAUUUUGUUGAAGUGCAAACUCUACUAAAGGAAAAUGUAAAGGAAAUUUAUACCAUAAGUGAAAAAGACAGACAAAGAAUAGACGAAAAUGGCGAAGUGUAUUAUGUUCCUGAAAUUCCUGUACCUGAAAUAAAAGACUUCCCCAAGAGCAAAGUUAUCGAUUUUUGA